CCAAGUGGCUCAUGCUGGUAUACUUUCAUGAAAAUUAUCGCAGAUGUGAGUGGCCGCCAUCUUAGAUUACAUUCUUGGCGCGCUUGUCUUUUAUGAUUAUCGUUUUAGUGCUAAGUGUCGCAGAAUGACUACAGUUGCUGUUAGAAGACAGCAGCAAGAUUACGUAGUACCUAGCAGUGCCUCACAAGAAAUCCAGCCAUCCCCUUUGGCGCUUUUGGCCGCUACGUGUAGCAAGAUAGGGUCACCAGUGGAUGAGGGUGGUUCAUCAACCGUCAAAGUGGUGGGUGAAAGUCAAGUUUUACCGAGUGGAGACAUAAUCGCAACGUCCAGAGGACCAACACAUUUUAUUCCAGUUCCGGCACAAGCGUUAGGGUUGUUGAAUCCCGACGGAACAGUGACUCAGGUCGCGGGCGUGAACGGACAGUCGGCUCAGCCCGCGGCUUUGACAGUGUCUGCAGCCGGAAUCAAAUCUCUCCCAUCAUGUGUUUCUGUUGGAACUCCUAAUCCUCAAAAUGGUGUCCCUGUGGUUUCUGUCAAUGGUCAGUUAUUUCCUCAGGGGGCACAAACUCUCGUAACCCACCCUCAAACUGGAGGAAACAUAACAUAUAGCAUUAUAUCAGCGGACCAGCUCCAGAACUUGCAGAUCGACGGACAGGGAGCCAUUUAUAUUCCAGGAAACGUCAACCCGGUGGCGGCGGGUCAGAUCAACGGAAACCAAGCAGUUCUCACUUCAAAUGGGCAGACUUUUGUCCGUGCCCAGAAUGCUCAAACACCCUCAUCAGUUGCUCUACAGAAUAACGGGACAACAGUGUUGCAAGGUGUUCAGGGAAUCGGUAACGUGAACAAUAUUACACUUGCGCCUCUUGGUGGCCAAAAUGUAGCAAUACGUCAAGGAAAUAUUCUUCAGGCUUUUCAAUUUCCUAUGAGUGCCAUGCAGCAGACCAUACCAGUUCAGGUUCCGGUAUCAACAGCAGGAGGCCAGACGGUACUACAGACAGUCCACCUUCCCUUUCAAGUUAUACAGGGUGUUGGAGGAGGUAAUAUGUUGACCUCAACUGGACAACCAGCCCAGGUCAUGACUCAACUAGCUGCCACACAAAUGCCAGUUCAGAUGGCCCAGCUUGUAUCCCAAGGACAAAUACAACAAGUGCAUAUGGGAGCUCCUUUCCAGGUUUUGCAACUAGCUCAGAAUCCAGCUCAAAACUUGGCUACAUCAACCACUUGGACAACAGCUACUGGAACUCCAGUAGUUACCUCCAUCUCAUCCUCAGAAACCACUGGUACUAGCCAGGGUCAGACUGGGACAGCCAACACUACUGUAGUGGCUGGUGGUCAGCCAGUUAAUGUCCACAACAUUCAGAUACCUACUGGGCAAGUUGUGCAAGGUCAUCAAAUAGGACAGAUUAUCUCUCCGGGUAAUGCUGCUACUUGGUGGCCAUCACCUGCAAUCAGCGUUUCUAACCUGGCUGGACUCAGGUCAUCAAAUGUUGUUCAGGUUCAGGGGAUUCCAACUAUGAAUGGAAUCCAGCUACAAGGUCAGCAAGGUCAGUACCUGAGCAUUUCUCCCAAUGGGAGUGUCAUAGCUACUCCACACAUCCAGACUGGUGGUCAACCUCAAGUAACUGGGCCAGUAAGUCCGAUACAUGCACUACAGACCUUUGGAGGGACUCAACUUAUUGCUCAACAACUUCAGCCUGACCCUAGUGACCCAACCAAGUGGCAGGUGGUAGCAGCAUCCCCUGUAGUAUCUGCUGCCCAACCUCAGCCGUCCACUACACAAGCACAGGUUUCGACAUCUUCAACCUCUACCUCUACUGACGGUAGCAACACUCCAGAGUAUCCUCGCAGAAUACGCCGGGUAGCCUGUACUUGUCCUAACUGUCGAGACGGAGAGGGAAGAAACAGUGAAACAAAGAAGAAGCAACACAUAUGUCAUGUACCAGGGUGUAAUAAAGUUUACGGCAAGACUUCCCACCUUCGGGCUCAUCUUCGCUGGCACACAGGAGAAAGACCAUUUGUCUGUAACUGGCUGUUCUGUGGAAAACGGUUCACUCGUUCUGAUGAACUCCAGCGACAUAAAAGAACACACACGGGAGAGAAAAGGUUUCAAUGUGCUGAAUGUCUGAAACGAUUUAUGAGGAGUGACCAUUUGUCCAAACAUCUGAAAACCCAUCAAAGCAAGAAACUCGGUGCUUCUUCUUCAGAAGGAAACAGUGAAGAAGGAACUCUUGAGAAUUGUGACUUAGUGAUGACAGUGGUGGAAACUGACCAAGAUCAUGAGCUGUUAAUCAGUGAGCCUACUUUAGAUGUAAACCAGUAGAUGAGUGUUUGUACAUGUGUGUGUAUAUAACACACACACACACAAAAGACUAAUCACAAAUAAUUUUACGGUCAUAUUCACUUUCUACAUAAAGCUGUAUUUGUUACCAAAACAGUUGUUGCAUUUUCGUUUUUUAAAACUACUUGUUAUUCUAAUAAUGUAGAAAAUACUCUGUCUACUAUAUAGUAAAGGAAAUAAAUAACACCUAAAUAUUGAAAAGAAGGACAGUCACAGAGAUCUUCCAGUAGCUUCACUGCUUUUUGUUAUUCAAGAAAUUCAAAUACACAGAACCUAUGUUCCAAUACUGUAUAGAAAUUUUUUUAUAAAAUUGCCUGCUUUUUUUUUGUGGUUGUUUUGCUGUCAUCCACUGGUUUUACACCUAAAUAAGAUACCAUAUUUAAUUUCAGAUAUUUGGAAGUAUGGGGUUUCUUGUGAGUCAACCUGUUGUUUGUGCUACCCCCUGCUGGGCUUAUAUCUAAACAAUUUGAUUACAGAUGUUUCAAUGUCCAAUAUUCUUUUAAAAUGAAAUCAUGUAUAUAUAUAUUCCUUAGACUUCCAGUCCUCUCGAAGGUCGUUACCCUUUACCAUAUAAAAAUGUUCUCCAUUCUUAGUUUUGAUUUUGUAUACCCUUCUUUCAG